AGCGCAGUGAAGCAUAGCUUCAAGAACGCGUCGUGUUUAAUGCAAAGAACGCGGCAGAAGAGAUGAGUACAAGAAACAAGUGUCUUCUCUCUCCUCGUCGUGGGUAUUUUCUAUAUUGUCAUGUCAAAACUUGCUAGAUUCUCAUCUGCUCCAUUUUUACACUUGUCUUUCUCUUCUCUUCAAUCUUCGAUCUUUAUCUUCUUUCUCUUAUUUUUUUGUCUGCCCCUGCCUCUUUAUUGGCCACUCUGAUCUUUCCUUCCAUUUCUAUUUCUGUUUUGAUCUCUUAUAUAAUAAAUAUAUUAUUCCUCUAUACAAACAGCAAUGGCUGGCAAGGAAAUCCUACACAAGAUGAAGGAAAAAGUUGGAUUAGGUUCAUCUGCAGACUCUGGAAAGGGCAAGAGUAAGAUAUCAAAGAAUGUAACACAUGGAUAUCACUUAGUGAAGGGAAAAUCACAUCAUGCUAUGGAAGAUUAUAUCGUUGCACAUUUUAAGCAAGUCGAUGACAAUGAACUUGGUUUGUUUGCAAUAUUUGAUGGUCAUCUGAGCCAUAUUAUUCCAGAUUAUUUGCGGUCAAAUUUGUUUGACAACAUCUUAAAAGAGCCAGACUUCUGGACAGAACCAAAAAAUGCUAUGAGGAGAGCAUAUCGUAUAACUGAUACUAUGAUUUUAGAGCAAGCAGCCGAUUUGGGUAAAGGAGGUUCUACUGCUGUCACAGCAAUACUGAUCAACUGUCAUACACUGGUAGUAGCCAAUGUUGGUGAUUCUCGAGCUGUUAUCUGCAAGAAUGGUGUGGCCAAACAACUGACAGUUGAUCAUGAGCCAAGUGCAGAAAGGGAGGAAAUUGAGAACAGAGGUGGUUUUGUAUCAAAUUUCCCAGGAGAUGUUCCACGAGUUGAUGGGCAAUUGGCAGUGGCAAGGGCAUUUGGUGAUAAGAGCUUGAAAGAACAUCUCAGCUCAGAACCAGAUUUUGCAAAGGAACUGAUUGAUGAUGAUACUGAUUUUAUCAUCUUAGCUAGUGAUGGGUUGUGGAAGGUGAUGACAAACCAGGAAGCGGCAGAUGCUAUCAAGAACAUAAAAGAUGCUCGUUCUGCAGCAAAGCACCUAACUGAAGAGGCACUUAAUAGGAAGAGCACGGAUGACAUUUCCUGCAUAGUUGUAAAAUUUAACUGAUCUAUGGAUUCCUUUUGCAAUCUUGUUUGAUAAGAAAACUCUGAGAGACGUGUAAUUACUUCAGGUAUACUAAUAAAUAUCAUGCAUAUUUUGUGCUACAUUUAGUAGUAGGUCCUACCCUGUGUUGCAAGACGAUCCCCCCUAUGUACUUGGACGUGUAUAUAUAGGGCUGUGUAAAUGUAUUGAUUAGCACCAUCCCUUUGAUGCCAAUGUAACGAUGGCUGUGAAAUAGAAAAAACUCUUAUGAAAAUACUUGAGGCAAAGCCAUCUGGGCAAGAGAGGUGGUUUGGAUGGGGUAAGUUGAAACAUUGAAGCAAGUGUGGAACAUGCAGCUGCUGUUUGCUGCAACUUUCUUUUUCCUUCUUUUAAAUUAUUAUUAUCAUUAUUAUUUCAAACAGUAAAGUUCAUAGCAUUCCAAAUUUCACAAUGUAAUAAGAUAACUUUAUCAA